GGCGGGAGCACGCACCAUUUGCAGAGUGGAGAAGGAGAAGACAGAAAACGUCGAAGUCUUUAGGACAAAUUACAAACAUACGAUUUGAAUUUUCUUUUGAUGAUCUGUGUUUGUUCAUCAGAAAGUUUGCACGAGUAUUGCUGAGGAAAUGCAGAAUGUGCACGAAUUGGGUCAAGCCUACACAAUAAAUAAGGUACUGUGAAGUAACACGAAGUGAGUUUUAUGCUGAUCCGAAUGCCUGUGGUCCUCCACGCACUCCGGAAACGUAUGACGCAGCUGUUGCUGAUCUCCAGGCUGAAACUAUCCAAGACGUUAGAGGAAUAAAGUGCAAAUAUGAGUGACUCAGGGCGAACCUUCCUAGAUGUCGCCAUUACGGAAGUCCUACCAGAACUUCAAGCAGUGAACAAAAACAUCCUGGAAGAGCACUUGCAGUCCAUCGGAGUUGAGACAAGUGAUGAUCUACGCUUCGUAACGGAGGCAGAUUUGAUGACAGCAUUAAGACCUGUACAAGCGAGAAAGCUUCUUUCUGCUUGGAAACAGAAAUACCAAACUCCAGAGAACAGCUCGCUAUCAUCUGUGGAAGCCUCACCCACCCAGUCGCUGUCAUUGCUCUCUGUUUCACCCCAAAGUCUAUCAUCAACCUCUUCCAGCAGCCCAGGACGUGACAUACAUUGGGAUGACAACUUCGAAAUUCCAUGGAGUAAACUUCCUGCAGAAGUUAUGCAUUUUCUUGAGAGGGGGAAAAGGCCUCGGCCAAAACUGAGGAGGCAAAUGGUCCGGAUUGUUGUGACUGAGAUGAUGGAAAAAUGCCCUCAUGUAGGUAGAAAACAUUCAAUUGACGUUGCAAAAAAAAUGGUAGCAAAAUAUCCCAAUUCUCUGCAAGAUGUCAUAGAGGGUGAUAUUGUUGGUGCAGGCUACCUUUCCCUUGUCAAACAGUUGCAGAACAGAAUUGAAAAUGUAAGGCGCACUUCAACACCCAAAAUAAGAAAAAGAAAACAUCAGACUGACUCAGACCACACAGACGAGAUCCCAUUAGAAGAAAGAGCAGCAAUGCAGGAUACAUAUGGGUGCCUUAAAUGGAAUGUAGAAUUUCUGCCUCUUGAAGAAACUCCAGAGAGCCAACAGCAAAAGAUGGAGAAACUCAAGGUGAUGUUCCAACAAGCUGACGCCAAUCCAGAAGAGGUAAAAAGUCUAAUGAAGUCCACUUAUUACACACAGCGUCAACAUGUCAAUCAGGGGAAAAGUAUCAAAUGCCUUAGAGAGGAGUGGCCAUUUUGGUUUGAUGAACUUGGCAUGUCGGUCCACUUCAAGGAACUUACUGGGAUUGACCUCAAAGAGACAUUCACACGAAAUUUGGACUUGAAGGGGAAAAGGCUUCUGGAGUACAUGACCACAGUUGCUGUCAGCAAAAGCAAGACGUUCCUUCAGACUUAUGCAAGGCUUCAGAGGAUACGGGGACCGCAGAGUGGCUGCUCAGAUGAUGUGAAAGAGAUGGUCCUGCUUCUGCUCAGCUACUUUGAUGAGAAGGAGGAGUACAUGCUUUUCCAUGUUGAAGAUACAUGUCUGGCAGAUGAGGUACAACUGGAGCAAGUGCCUCUGACACCCACUAUUAUUGUGUGUGGACAGUCCUGCUAUUCCUCAAGAAGAUACAUGCUGAGUAUUGAUCGGAACCUCGUCAGCACAAACAUAUCCUCCUUCGUUUCUGCACUGUGCCUCAUGUUCGGGAGCUACUACAAUUUUAACAUCCAUUAUCCAUCUGAGCUGGCUUCCACUCUGGAGUUUCUUCAGAGGUGUUUCUUCUGCAUGAACCCAGAAAAAGGAACCAAAGUAGAGAACAAAAACUCGAAGCAUCAUCUCAGUGUGAACCCUCGAGUCCUCACCCUGAUUCAGGAUCUCGCCGACCACGAGUGGCGCUAAGCCUAAGUAUUGACUCUCUGUGGACUGUUAGGUUUAAGUACACAUUGUGGAUUUAACAAAGUAAAACUUUUUCUGGUCGAAUGCAUGAAGCCAGUUCAUGAAUGAUUCAUGAAGAUGUUCUUGCUUUGAAGGAAUGUUCCAGUUUUGUUUGUUUUUUUAACCAUGCUGCUACUGCAGUGUUUCUAGACCACCUGUAUAGGUUUGUUUCACCACAGGUGGUUUUCCUGAUGUGUUUUUUGACCAAGGCCAUGGUUGUGGUGACCGCAGGG